AUGAUUUCCAAAUCAAAGUUCGAAAAAAUCAAAGAAUUGACUCAAUUGGAUCCAUAUGAUUUAUUUCUGCAUAAGGCAUUGAUAUUGUCUCUUGAUAUGGUUUCAUAUUUUGAUAGCGAGAGAUACAAAGGUGAAAACCAUUACUAUUACAGCACUUUGGAAAGAUGUUGUUUAAUUUCAGAAGGAUUAUUUACUGAUAAUUUCACAGAUACUAAUUCUCUUGGUUUAUUGAUUGAUUUGGAGAUUGGAUACUCAGCAGAGGAUUUAACAGUUUUUGAAGAAAUUCAUCCUUGUUUUGUGGCCAUUUCGAUUAAUUUCAAUUCAAAUUAUCUGCACCUUACAGUACCAAAACAUGCUCAAUAUUUAUGCUUUUCUUUUGCAGAUCCGUAUGACAAUACAGAGGAAUACGAAAGCUUUUUAGAAGGUCAGGAUGAGUUUCCAAACGUUCGAGAUUUAACUAUCAAAUUUCCCAAUACGCAAAAUAACAAAUAUUUGGGUAUUGAUACUGCCGAUGUAGAGAAUAAUAUCCUCUCAGCAAUUACAAGAAAGAGAUUUCCCAAAUUAUUGAGACUUUCAAUUCAGGGAUCUGUUUCAAUGGAAAAUCUUGACAAUUAUGGAAUAUUCUCUGAAUUAUUGUAUGUGGAAAUUAUUAAUAAUAGAAGAAGAGCCGAUGAUUAUGUCAUUGUUAAAUAUUGGACUGAAAGGACAGUUCACUCUUUCAUCAAGCAACAAUUUAUUGAGAAGGAUUCACUGAUUCAUCAAUUGGUUCUCUAUGCCAAUAUUUGUAGGAAUUAUCCAGAUGCAGAUUACAAUUCCAUUAAGGAAUAUUAUGAUAUGAGCAAGGAAAAAUUCGUGCCCUGUAUUGCACACUCUUCUGUCAAUGAAUAUUAUGAUAGAUGUUAUGAGUAA